AUGGACCAACAGUACGCUGAGCGGAUUGAAGAACGAAAGAAGAUCUUGAAACAGUAUCCCGGGGCGCUCGGCUUCGUUGAAACCGGAGUUGAGAUGGUUAACGAGCUCUACACCUUCUUGAUGACGCAUUACUUGCCAAAAAGAUAUCCUACUAUGUUUAAGCUGGACAAGAAACAGUCUGUGCUGCGCAAUCUUGUACUGAAAGAGGAUUAUCCUCUUGAGCCGCCAGCCGACACUGUUGCCACACUCCGUAUCAUUGCAUUGGUCGUGGACGAAGACUUCUUGAUGCUACUUCCUUCUCCUGACGGUGAUGGUUACUCUCUCCAAGCCUUCGUUUGGCUGUAUCCAGUAGGAUUUGACCCGGCUGGUAAGCUGGGUAUUAAGCUCCGCGAUGCGCAUAAGCCCGUUCCCGGAUAUAAGCAACAUCUCCAGAUGUCGAUGGAUCGAUACUUUGACCGCCUCGUACCCGGAAAGGUGGUCGAUCGAGUCAACUGGGCAGUGGCAACCAACUCGAGCUUGUGCGAACGCGGGGAAUAUCAUCUUUACUCCGACGACCAGGUCAGUACCCAGACUGAUAUUGAUCUUAACGACACAUGGGUGCGUUGCGAACUACAGACAUUAUUUGGCCUGCCAAAAACUGGGGGCAGGAUAUUGAGUGUACACCUCUACCUGUAUCCCAUCCAAGAAAUGAAAGAUGUCGGACUGGCGGAUGAGAUGUGCCGGGCCAUUGAUGGCUACGGACAAGGAAAUGCAAGCGGAUUUUUCAGGUACAAGCGUGUGCCAGUCUGGGGUGAGAAGGUCAAGGAGUUCUUGAAAAGCUGA